AUGGCGAGAUAUGUAUUGGGUAAGCAACAGAUAGUUAACGACCUUCAACUCCUUAACUCAUCACCCUUUGCAGACCUUUUGAGCUCAUGUCUCAAGUCAAAAUCAUCAUCUAAACAAACCCAACGCAUUCAUGCCCGAAUAAUCAAGUCCAGAUUUUGCUCCGAAACCUUCAUCCUCAACAGGUUAAUUGAUGUUUAUGGGAAGUCUGAUUUUGUAGAUGAUGCAUAUAAGGUGUUCGAUCGAAUGCCUGAGAGAAAUAUAUUCUCUUGGAAUGCUGUUUUAUCCACAUUAACGAAUGCGGCUCUUUUAGAUGAAGCGAACCAGAUUUUUGAGUCCAUGCCUGUGACGGACCAGUGCUCAUGGAACUCUAUGGUGUCGGGUUUUGCUCAACAUGAUCGGUUCGAUGAGUCUGUUGAGUUUUUUGUAAGUAUGCAUGCUCAAGAUUUUGUACUCAACCAGUAUACAUAUGGUAGCUCUCUUAGUUCUUGUGCAGGUUUGAGGAAUCUGAAAAUGGGUACUCAGAUUCAUGCUUCGAUUUCAAAAUCUCCCUAUGAAGGAGAUGUUUAUAUGGGUAGUGCUCUUAUAGAUAUGUAUUCUAAAUGUGGAAAUGUGGAUUGUGCUCAAAAGGUUUUUAAUGGGAUGAAUCAAAGAAAUGUAGUUUCUUGGAAUAGUUUGAUCACAUGCUAUGAACAAAAUGGUCCAGCUUCUGAAGCUCUUGAUGUUUUCAACAAGAUGAUGAACUCUGGGAUCGAACCAGAUGAGGUCACUCUAGCGAGCAUGAUAAGCGCGUGUGCAAGCUUGUCAAAGUUGAAUGUGGGGCGGGAAAUUCACAAUCGAGUUGUGAAAUUUAACAAGUAUAGGGAUGAUCUUGUUAUAUGCAACGCAUUGGUUGAUAUGUAUGCAAAAUGCAGUAGAAUUGUGGAAGCAAGAUGGAUAUUUGAUACGAUGCCGAUCAAGAACAUUAUAACGGAAACCUCCAUCAUUAGUGGUUAUGCUAAGGCUGCAAAUGUCGAAACUGCAAGUUCGAUGUUUGUUAAUAUGACAGAAAGGAAUAUAGUUUCUUGGAAUGCACUAAUUGCAGGGUACACACAAAAUGGUGAAAAUGAAGUCGCAUUGGGACUCUUCCGUCAGCUAAAACAAGAUGGCGUCUUUCCGACACAUUACACUUUCGGGAACCUUCUUAACGCUUGUGCAAGCCUCGCUGAUUUGAGGCUAGGCCAACAGGCUCACACCCAUGUGAUAAAACAUGGAUUCAGGUUCGAAUCUGGACCAGAAAGUGAUAUCUUUGUGGGAAAUUCUCUUAUAGAUAUGUAUGUCAAAUGCGGAUCCAUAGAAGAUGGAACUCGAGCCUUUAGGGACAUGGCUCAAAGAGAUUAUGUAUCAUGGAACGCGAUCAUAGUAGGGUUUGCUCAAAAUGGGCACGGGUUUGAAACACUUGAAUUGUUCAAAGAAAUGUUGGCAUCUGGUGAGAAACCGGAUCAUGUUACCAUGAUCGGUUUACUUUCCGCUUGUAGCCACGCUGGGCUGGUUGAGGAGGGUCGUCGCCAUUUCUACUCCAUGACCAAAGAAUAUGGAAUAGAACCAAUGAAAGACCAUUUCGCCUGUAUGGUGGACUUAUUUGGUCGAGCUGGUUGCCUUGAUGAAGCCAAGAAUUUAAUAGAAACGAUGCCAAUAGAACCAGAUGCCGUCAUAUGGUCAUCUUUGCUUGGUGCUUGUAAAGUUCAUGGAAACGUCGAGUUGGGGAAGUUUGUGGCUGAAAAACUGAUGAAAAUCGACCCUAAGAACUCUGGUCCAUAUGUUCUGCUUUCAAACAUGUAUGCUGAAAAGGGAAAUUGGGGAGAUGUUAAACGGGUUCGAAAGAUUAUGAAGCAAAAUGGUGUUGUUAAACAGCCGGGUUGCAGCUGGAUUGAACUUCAGGGGAAAGUUCAUGUUUUUAUGGUGAAAGAUAGACGGCAGCGUCAAAAGAAAGAAAUUUAUACGGUUUUGAGAACACUUACGAAAGUAAUGAAGCUUUUUGGAUAUGUUCCUAAUGUACGCGAUUUGGAGGCGAACGAGGAGGGCGGUUCGGAUUUAAACUCAUUUGAAGAACAGGAAGUACCAAUAACAACAGAAGUUUCAUAAUUUCCAGAUGAGUAA